GUGUAUCUCAUUGCACCCGACCUCGUGGGUUGAUUUUUUUUCCCGACGCGAUAUUGGCAUUUCGGGCUUGAAUUGAUUUCUCUCUCUGUCUCUAUACGAAAAGUUAUGCCUGUCUCUUACUUUCUGCACCUUUAGAUUUUUUCUCCCGGUCUGGUGGAGGUACAUCAGUUUUAUAUGCUCUCUCCUAAACGAUCUCCUCACAUAAUCUCGAAGACUCAUCAGAAUUGGCUAGUCCACACAACUUGGGCGCAAGUGCAGCAUUAAUGCCGGGUGAUGCUAGUAGUAGAGGCAUGUCAGAUCAUGUCGGAGGAAGUAAUAGACGAGCAUCGUCUUACAGCCAGUCUAAUCAACCCAGAAGGCCCCCUCAUAAUACUACUGCUCACUCUCAAUUCUCGCUGGAAAAUCCUCCUGGGUCCACCCAUGGUCCUUCUCCCCAUUAUCCUCCGCCUUCUCAGUAUGGCCAUCGGUCCGGCUUCUUUGGACAAUACACGAUGUCCCCUCAGCCUCCAAUGGCAAUGGCGCCCUCCAAUCCAACGUACGGGUAUCCACAUGGAUUCCAGAAUUUGCCGGAGAACACUAUGAUUCCUCAAAAUAUACACGCGAGUUAUCAGUCCAUGUUACCUCCGGCACCUGUCUAUUCGUACCAGCGCCAUGGCUCAGAGGGCACCUCACCAGGAUUUUCUAGCCAGCCCAUGUUUUCUCAUCCUUCACAGGGUAAUUCUCCCUCUCCUCCUAUGUCUUCGCCAUCUACCUCACAAAACACCACUCCACCGUACCCCAAUCACGGGCAAUUCCACUCUUUACGUUAUCCCUCUUCCAUGUCACCCUCUCCAUAUCCUUAUUCCCACCAUUCUUACUCUUCUUCUCCUGUGUAUCAGUCACAAUAUGCACCGGCGCCUUAUCCGCCGCAUUUCACUUCUCCGGCUGAGAUUGAAGGUCAGGGUACUUGGUGGUAUCUUCCUCAUGCAACGCCGAACGCUCCAUCAUAUCCUGGACAUUACCCUAUGAACUAUUCUCCCGUUCACCAAGAACUGGAAAAUACAUACACAGCCACUCCUGGAGCGUCUGUUCCAGCCAGCUAUCCGAUAUCCCCUGUUCGAUCUCCUGCUUCAAUAAAUUCUGCGCGUAAGCCCCCUUCCUCCCUUGCCGCUUCCGGAGAAGAAAGCCCCGCGCAUCCUUCUCCUGGACCCAUUGCUUCUUCGUCGAAAUCUGUCUCUGGAGAAAGACCGUCCGCCGCUCGUCGUCCUUAUCAUCCCAACCCGCCAUCUUAUCGUUCAGAAUGGGUCAUGUGGGCCGGCAAUGUUCCAUCGGAUGCUACCCACGAUGAACUAUGGCGGUUCUUCAGUCAAUCUGAUGAUACAGCCUCCUCUUCAGGAGUUAUUUCCAUCUUCCUCAUUUCGAGGUCUAGUUGCGCUUUCGUUAAUUAUGAGAAUGAAGCUAAACUACAUGCUGCGAUUGCUAAAUUUAAUGGGGUACCAUUGCGUUCUCAUGAUCCCCGGUGUCCUCGAUUAGUUUGUAGGGUCCGGAAAGUGGAUGACGAUCUCAAGGCUGGUGUUGGCGGGCAGCGUGGAGUCGGUAUGCAUGCAAAGUGGUUAAGGGAUCAGCGGGAAAUGGCAAAGGGCAAGAAAAAGGCCACCGAUCUGUCGGACCACUCAGACCUCGACGAUUCAAAUUCUUCCAUUGCUGCUCUUUCUGCCUCUGUAUCGAGUGAUGAUGAUACUCGACUACCUUUCGUUAAGGGGACACAUUCCAAUAGCUCCGGCUCUUACGCCUCUACGAAUUCAAGUUUACUUACUCGGCAUUUUCCGAAACGCUAUUUUAUCCUCAAAUCUUUGUCACAAUAUGACCUUGAUCUCAGCGUUCGAGAAAAUCUCUGGGCCACUCAGAAGCACAACGAGGGUAUCCUAGAUCAAGCUUAUCGUACGAGUAAUGAAGUUUACCUGAUUUUUGGUGUGAAUAAGAGCGGCGAGUUCUAUGGAUAUGCGAAAAUGGCAGGACCAGUGCGUAAAGGAGAGCAGCGUGUCCCCUGGGCUAGUCGACCAGAUUCAUCCGCAUCCUCUCGGUCUUCCCUCUCCCCCAUCACUAGUCGUGCCCCUAUUUCUGAUACAAUAUUAGAGGAGCCAAAUAGUCCUUCAUCACAAGAAAAUCCGGCUUCUCCUCCUGCGAGAAAUUUUUUUCCAGCGCGUGAAAAUCGACUGGUGGAGGCUUCACCCGUGCCAGUUUCACCUCCCUCGGUGCCUCCGCAGCAAUCUAGUCAAACUUCAGUUGCGUCUGCGCCUGCCGAGCUAGGUACUCUGCAUCACAGAAUUACCAUGAGCACUCCCUCCGUAAAACUCAGCCUCGACAAUCGCUGGAAACCCAAACUGCACUCUGCUCAAGCUCAUUUUCAUAGUGCGUCGCAGGAAGACUUCGAGCUGGACGAAUCUGCUCCAUUCCGGGCCAUACGUAGCGAAAGCAGCGGUAACAGACUGGAUGAGGAUUUAUCCCGAAUAAGGCUGAAUUCAGUGGAGGAGGUGGAAGAGAGAACAGAGGAUCUGGAGAAGGCCAUGGACGGAAAGCCUGAGACCUGGGGCGAACCUUUCAAGGUCGAGUGGCUCUGCACUGAUCGACUUCCCUUCUUUCGAACCCGUCAUCUUCGAAAUCCCUGGAAUCACGAUCGAGAGGUCAAGGUUUCGAGAGACGGAACAGAAAUUGAACCUAGUGUAGGGGAGCAAUUAUUGCAGGAAUGGAGUAAGCUGGUAGAGGACGGAAGUCAUCAGGAUUCCGAUCCAGCUCCAAGCAACGCUGCUUCAGUUGCCAAGCCAGCUUCAAAACGAUCCGGAUCGAGUUCGAAAUUGGCGCCUGCUAAUCCCGGACCAAAAGGUGCAAAAGACAGAGAACCGGGUCUGUCUACUUCACGAUCAUAAUAUACGAAUACAAUCGUUGAAACCACAACCAAAAUCCCGCGCCGCCAACAAUUCACUGAGCUUUUUGCUUGGCGCAGUAAUGACACAUGCACAGUCAGGCUGAUCUCCUGUAGUGUUCAUUCACGAGACAGGAUCUGCUUGUCAUUCACGAUACAAGAACUGUCACACUCCUUUAUAAUUCACGUCUUCCGGUGUUUCAUGGGGCCUUGUAUAGGCACGUCUUGUUAUCACCACUAAUCGCUUUCCAUCGUGCAUUUCUCACUGUUUACUUUCUGGUUUUGUUUUGUGUGUCCUCAAAUUCUCAAUUCUGUAGCAAUAGACAUCCACGAACAGUAUUACUGUAGCACUUCGUAUAACUGGCAAUACACACGUGCGCCGUUGUGCGCGAGUUCCCUCAACUCUAGAAUGUGGUGCUUAUACGCAUUGAAAAUAACGCUAACGUCAG